AUGGAUAUCGGUGGACUGGAAACCGUGGUGUCCAACUCGGCCUACAUCUCAGCCCGGGGCAGCUUCGACGGCACGGCCAACCCGGCCGUCAACAGGGACAAGAAGUACUUUGCCAGGCUGAAGCUCCCACACAUCACGGUGUGUGAGGGCCUGCAGGAGACGCUGGAGCUGCAGUUUCACAGCGUCUGUGUGGAGCAGCCCAUCGGCAAGCGCCUCUUCCAGGAGUUCCUGGAGAAGGCCAACGAAUACAGGGGCCCCUGCCGGCUGUGGAAGGACAUUGAAGAGUACAACACCGCCGAGGACAAGGACCGCACGCAGAAGGCCUCCCGAAUUAUCCAGCGUUACAUGGAGCCCUCUGCCAAGCACUUCUGCCCCUUCUUGGCCGAGAAUAGCAUCACCAAGGUGAAGGAGCGGUACCAGGAAUCCGGAGAUGACCUCUUCGUUGAGACGCUGGAGAGUGUGAUGGACUUCCUGAAAGAGGUCCCUUUCACUUUCUUCCUGGAAACCAUGUACUUCAAGCGCUUCCUGCAGUGGAAGUGGCUGGAGAUGCAGCCCAUUGGAGAGGACUGGUUCGUGGAAUUCCGGGUCCUGGGGAAAGGGGGCUUCGGAGAGGUGUCAGCCUGCCAGAUGAAGGCUACAGGGAAGCUUUAUGCCUGUAAGAAGCUCAACAAGAAGAGGCUAAAGAAGAGGAAAGGCUAUGAGGGGGCAAUGGUAGAGAAGAGAAUUCUGGCUCGAGUUCACAGUCGCUUUAUCGUGUCACUGGCCUAUGCCUUCCAGACCAAGGCUGAUCUCUGCCUGGUUAUGACUAUUAUGAAUGGAGGAGACCUCAGGUAUCACAUUUAUAAUGUGGAUGAGAACAACCCUGGAUUUGAGGAACCCCGAGCCUGCUACUACACUGCCCAGAUCAUCAAUGGCCUGGAGCACCUUCACCAAAAGAGAAUUAUCUACAGAGACCUGAAACCAGAGAAUGUCCUGCUAGAUAAUGAAGGUAAUGUGCGUAUAUCUGACCUGGGACUGGCAGUGGAGCUGAAUGAUAACCAGUUCAAGACCAAAGGCUAUGCUGGAACCCCAGGUUUCAUGGCCCCGGAGCUGCUGAAAGGCGAGGAGUAUGAUUAUUCUGUGGAUUACUUCACGCUGGGAGUCACGCUGUACGAGAUGGUCGCAGCCAAAGGCCCCUUCAGGACACGGGGGGAGAAGGUGGAGCCCAAGGAACUGAAGAUGCGCAUAAUAAAUGACCCUGUGACCUACACGGAGAAGUUUAGCGACGUCACCAAGUCCUUCUGUGAGGGGCUGCUGGAAAAGCAGGUGGACAAGAGGCUAGGCUUUAAGAAUGGGAACUGCGAUGAGCUGCGAGCACACCCCUUCUUCAGCAGCGUCAACUGGAGGAAGCUGGAAGCAGGGAUCUUGCCACCCCCAUUUGUGCCCGACUCAAGGACAGUCUACGCGAAGGACCUGGACGAUGUGGGCGCCUUCUCCACAGUGAAGGGGGUGACGCUGGAGGAGCCGGACAAGCAGUUCUUCGACGAGUUCGCCUCGGGGAACAUAGCCAUCCCCUGGCAGGAGGAAAUGAUUGAGACGGGCGUGUUCGGGGAGCUCAAUGUCUGGGGUCCUGACGGGGGUGUCCCUGAUGACCUCCGACGAGAGUCCAUCCUUGAACAGCCUCCCAAAUCCUCCACCUGCUGUGUAUCAUAA